UGAAUAACACAAAACACAGGCCUGACUAACAUUAUCCGCGCAACAAAAACUAAACAGUAAACAUCAAGUUUAAGUUGAGCUCAGUAGAAUCUCCCACAGUAGUAAACAAUCUCCGGCGAAAAUGUCGGCGAGUCUGCUGACGUGUGCGUUUCUCCCGAGACAAGAGUUAAGUGAGUCCACUCGGAGCUUCGUUUGGAACAACAAACAGAAGCAGUUUAAGAGGAGAUCUGGUCAACAAGUAGUAACUGCGAAAAUCGAGUUGAAACCUCCUCCAUAUAUGCUCAAUGCUUUGGAGCCACACAUGAGCAAGGAAACUCUGGAGUAUCAUUGGGGAAGACACCAGAGGGGCUAUGUGGACAACCUAAACAAGCAAAUUGUUGGAACAGAACUGGAUGGAUUGACUUUGGAAGGUGUGGUACUUGUUUCAUACAACAAAGGUGAUAUCCUUCCGGCAUUUAACAAUGCUGCACAGACUUGGAACCAUGAGUUCUUUUGGGAAUCUAUGGCACCAGGUGGCGGCGGAAAGCCAUCUGGAGACCUUUUAAAGCUUAUAAACAGAGAUUUUGGGUCCUUUGAUGCUUUUGUUGAAGAAUUCAAGUUGGCAGCAUCAUCUCAGUUUGGUUCUGGUUGGGCCUGGCUUGCAUACAAAGCAAACAGGCUCGAUGUAGGUAAUGCUGUGAACCCACUCCCAAAGGAGGAGGACAAGAAGCUUGUAGUGGUUAAGAGUCCGAAUGCUGUAAAUCCGCUUGUCUGGGAUUACUUUCCCAUCCUCACAAUAGAUGUCUGGGAGCAUUCAUACUACAUUGACUAUGAGAACCGAAGGGAGGAGUAUAUUUCAACAUUUCUUGAGAAGCUAGUGUCAUGGGAAACAGUGAGUAUGAGGCUAGAAAUAGCAAAGUCCAGGUCAACGGAGAGGGACAAAGAAGCGGAGAGGAAAAGGAGAGAGGAAGAAGAAGCUAACUUACCAGGUGGUGAAGCAACAGAGAUGUACUUGGAAAGUGAAAGUGAAGAAUCGGAGGCUGAAUAAUUAUCAGGUAGAAAUUUAUGAUAGUUUUUGCCCUGGGAUGCUUGGAUCCAUGUCUGCUAUACUGAAAUGGCAAGCAAAUGGGAAUCACUGCCUGCUGACUGGAUCGAGCACAUCUGUAGAAAGUUUUGUAUUUGCGGAAAUGUAGCUUUAUAAUUUAUAGGCUAGAUUGUCAGAACUGAGCAACUGAUGUAAGAAUAGGAAUCCAUGAAAAUAUAUGCAAAAGCUUUAGCCUCCACAAUUAUGUGGCAGAAAAGUUGUAUAUCAUAGGUACCAAGACGAGUUUAGAUUGUCAUAGCACUCAGAUUAAUCAUAUUUUAAAGAUAACGGUAUAUUCUUCCGUCUCAA